AUGGCUUCUAGAUUACCUGGUCACUUUGCAUUCUUAAUUCUUUUGUUUGUAGUAAUUACCAAAGUCCAAUCCGAUCAGAAAGUUUUCAAUGUGAUCAAUUUUGGUGUUAUUGCUGAUGGAAAAACAGACAACAGCAAGGCCUUUGUUGAUGUAUGGAACCAAGCUUGUUCAUAUAGUGGACGAGGUGUGGUUUUGAUCCCAAAAGGGACAUACUAUGCGAGCUCUAUGGUGUUCAGCGGACCAUGCAAGGGCCAAACCCUUUUCUCCAUUAAUGGUAACCUUAAGGCUCCAACUGAUAAAAAAGCUUGGGCUGGUACUGAAAGUUGGAUUAGUUUUAGAAACAUUAUUAACUUGGAGAUCAGUGGAGGAGGCUCUUUUGAUGGCCAAGGACCUUCCGCUUGGCCCUACAAUGAUUGCAAAACUAACCCACAUUGCGUGCAACUUCCCAUUUCCAUUGGGCUUGAUUUUGUGAACGAUUCACGGAUCCACGACAUAAAAUUAAUCAACAGCAAGAACUUCAACAUGAAGGUUUUCGGGUGCCUUCGCACAACCAUUGAACACAUUCAAAUAACAGCUCCAGUCACAAGCCCCAACACUGAUGGAAUCCACAUUGGUUCAUCCACCUGCAUCAAGAUCUUCGACUCCUUGAUAGCCACUGGGGACGACUGUGUCUCGAUCAGUCCAGGGACGGAGAACCUACAAGUGAGUGGCGUGACAUGUGGUCCUGGCCAUGGAAUUAGCAUCGGAAGCCUUGGAAAAUAUGCUAAUGAAGGUGAUGUUAAAAAUUUGGUCAUACAAAAUUGUAACUUGACUGGUACUGACAAUGACAAUGGAGUGAGGAUCAAAACUUGGGCUCCUUCUCCUCCAAGUAUUGUUUAUAAUGUCACCUUUGAGAAUAUCAGCAUGAAAGAUGUCGAUAAUCCCAUUAUUAUUGACCAGCAAUAUUGUCCAUUUGGAAAUUGUGUUACUCAGGUACCUACUCGGCCCCUUGUUUCAUAA